GAGUCACACGGGUUCAGGGGGAGAGCACAGGCCAGCGGCAAUGCAAGCAUGUGGGAGCCGAAGCGACGGAGCGUCGAAAGUGCGAGAUGGUGCGCGUGCUCAGCUCGCUGCCUGGUAGCGGGGCCGCAGCAACACUAUACGCUAUUUAUGGACGCUGUUAGCACUUACAUCAUCCCAAGCGGCAUGCGUCCGUCCAAGCGCAGCGCCAACGGUGCUGGCCGUCAAUUUGUCUCCCUCGCAGCCGAGCUCUGCCUUUCCCUUGUACUUGCUGCGUAACCUACUGCGCCGAUUCAUGCCACCGCCCGUGUUGUACUGAGCGGUCAUUCCGUGUUUGAGGCGUGUGCACGCCUACGUGUCUCGCUGUGAGCCAUGCUUUGUGUGCCACAGUGACAUGUAGAGGUCUUGUUGGCCCCGGGCGGCGCGACUGGAGGCGCGUAGCCGUAGGGUGGGGCGUAGGACCCAGGCGGCGGGUAGUACUGCGGCGGCGGCGCGCCCGGCGGCGGGUGGUGGUAACCGUAGGCUGGGGCCCCAGGCGGCGGGUAGUAGGGUGCUGGGACGGGCGGCGCGUAGGCGGGCGUGGGCUGCGGCGCUCCCGGCGGCGCGGUGACAACGGGCGCCAGCACCGUGUGGGCCGCCGCAGGGUACGGUAUGGACGCACUGUCACACUGCGGGAUGUGCGAGGGGCGCCAAGGCCUCUGUCGCAUCAAGACAGCAUUGCACGGAUCGGGCGCCGCGAUGGGAACCGCAGCGGCCACAAAUACUCGCAGCCGCGCCGGUAUCGCUCCUUUUGCGCCUGUGCGUGGGCGGGCGGGCCAUAAGGCUCUGCCAGCUCCGCAAGGAACAGCACCGACACACAGCUAUCGCAGCUGCAGCCGCCGCGGCCGCAGCCCACGGGUCGUCCCCGCCCCAUCUGCCAACGCGAAGCGCGCGAGUCGCCCAAGGCCCGCGAUCAUGCCCCAAACCCCCGCAACGCCCGUUCUGGCUGUACUGAGGCGGCUGUUGAGCUGGCAAGCAUGUGUGUUGGUGGCUGUGGGCCAUGCGUGCUAGACAGGUGGUGCGGAAUAGCGCGGCGGCUGUGGAGAAUUCUUCGCUCCUGCGCCUGUCUACUGAUGGGGGGACGUGGCCGUUGCAGGUGCUAACUUAGAUGGCUCGGCAGCUUGAGUCGCGCUAGGAUGCGUGAGUUGGAUGUCUAGGACGUGGACAUGGCCGUGACGUGCACCAUUGUUGGUGCGCGUGCACCGAGCCCAGUGAUGGGUCAAACCUGAGGGACGAGCGUGAUUCUGGUAGUUCCCCGGCGGGCAACCAACGGGAGAGACAAAGUGACAUGUACACUC